AAAAGUUCAGGCAGCUUUUUUCCCCCCAUGUAACACCCAGCAAAUACAAACCCAAACAAAUAGGGAAGGCAGAGGGGGGAAGUUAAAAAAAAGAAAGAAAAGGAACGGAACGGAACGGAUCCCCGGGCAGAGCCGGCCGGGGAGAGAAAGGCAACUUUUCGCUCCGCGCCAGGGAUCUGCCGCGAUCAUUCGGAACAAAACCGUUUGCCUGCUCACCCGCAGCGUCGCCCCCAGCCCACACUCUUGAGGCUACUAUGCUAUGUGUUGCUGGGGGGGUUUCAGGAGAUUCGUGGGGGAUCCUUGCCUUCCUGUGUGCCACGCUCUGGAACCUGCCUGUGGUGCCCGCCCUGAACAGCACGGACCAAGUGACCACCAGACAGUCCAUCCAGCAGAUGUACGACCUUACUCGGUAUCUGGAACACCAGCUGCACACCCUUGCGGCUACUUAUCUCAACUACUUAGGACCACCUUUCAAUGAGCCGGACUUUGACCCUCCACGUAUCAUUGGGGCAAAAGCUGUGCCAAGUGCCACUGUGGACAUUCAGGAGUGGCACAGCCUCAAUGACAAUGCACGGCUAGCAGCUAAUUACCAGGCAUACAGCUACCUGCUGAGAUACCUGAGGACCAUGGAUAGAGCAACCCCAGCUGCCCUGCCAACUUUGCACCACAGUCUAGCUCACUUCAGUGCCAGCCUGCAAGGCCUCCUGGGCUCUAUUGGUGGCAUCAUGGCUUCCCUGGGCUACUCGCUUCCAACACCAGAGCCUUCUGUUGUGCCUCAAAUUGAUCCACCCACCUUCCUGCGCAAGAUGGAUGACUUCUGGCUGCUCAAAGAGUUGCAGACCUGGCUGUGGCGCUCAGCUAAGGACUUCAAUAGAUUACGCAAGAGGGUGCCACCUUCUGCUGUUAUGCUGCACCUCGAGAGCAGGGGCUUCUGAUCCCACCCUGUCGCCAGUCUCUUUCUAUCUUCACCUCAUCUGCUGAUGUCAGAUGGCACCUCAUCUACCACUCAAGGUCUAAGGGGUUUCCCAAAACCUCUGAAUCCAUAGCCCCCUCCCAUCUUUCUUCAAAACGCUUCCCCACCAUCAGUGCUCCUUCACCCUUAUGGUGCUGCACUGCUCUCUCUGUUAGGGAGCUGUGCCUCUGGGUGAAUGAACCCGUUCCACCUAUCUGUUGUUUUCCUUUCUCCUGCUCCUCCUUGGUGCCCCGUAUUUCUCAUUUUCUUCCUAGAGGGGGCCGUUAAUUUUCCAAAAGGAGAGGAACAACCUUGUUCUCUCCCACCUCAGUGAUGAGCAAUAAAGCUCUGGCUUCAGGGCAGCAAACAUCUGGCAGCCUCCACCUCUGACACUCCACUCUCCGUAAACUGUUUCCCCCAGAGCCUGGGUUCCUGCAUUCUCAAUCUCUCUCUCUCUCUCUCUCUCUUUCAAUCUCCUUUUCUCUCUCUUUAGGGGACUGUGCCAAUUAGGAAUUUACAGAGGGCUUUUAAAAAGGCCUUUCGUGAGAAGCCAGCUUUUCAAGAUGCCUAGGCUGGUCCUCCUGUCAACCCAUAAACUCUAGGGGCAAAUCUUAACCAAAAAAGGCAAAUGAAACUCUCCACAGGAGGUAUCAUCAAGUCCAGAAUACAAGGCACAUGAUCCAAAUGCAAAACGAUGUACGUUUUCAGACACCCCCACCUCCACUGGCCACAUUAGAAACCUCCUCUCCUCUAAUCAUUCAUCCAAGCCACAUUUAUCAGACCCCAGAGAUGAGGUGGGCAACUUUGACAGGCCUGGUGACCCAAUUUUCUGCCUUUUGUCUAGGCCUGGAAAUACCUCCAUAAUAGACACACGGCUCAAAAAAAAAAAAAACACUAUACAAACACACACACAGAAAAAAACCCCCAAAAGUGCUCAGAUAGUGACUUCCUGGUUCGCUUUUAGAUUUAGGGAGAUGUCAGGGGGGGACUUGGGGGCCCUAGACCAAAAACCACCACUUCUGGAAGUUGCCAGGAGCACAAAAAAGAGAGGAGAGUUUCCUUCCAUUUUUAUAUACUUUUCCCCCUCAAAGGGUGAACAAAAAAUGGCCUUGGGGAACAGCUGUAGCCCACAGGCUGCACUUUGUCCACUCGUAGCAUACUGCCACAGUAACAUACAAAAGGGCUAUAGUUCAAGCCGGCCCCAAAAGGAGUCACUGCCUGCUUAUACCUCUCCCCUCAUGCAAUGGCAGGCAAGCCUGGUGAGGCUGCGUGGUUUACACUUGUCACCAGCACGGGAGGAAGAGGAGGGUUUCCUACACGUGGACCCAUCCUCAGUUCUUUCUCCUCCUCUUUGUCCACUCCUCUUCCUCCCUUCCACUAUCAGGUUGUGUUAUUCUCAGUUUGUCUGUAUUAAUAUUUAUUUAU